UUCCACGCCAAUCAAACAUUUCUCCCCCAAAUUUUCAUUUCUACAUAUACACACAUAAAUCGAUCCCAAUUUCUCCUCCCAUCCAUUCCUUUCUCGCCCAAUCUCUCUUCAAUCUCGUAACCCUAUAAUUUCGCCCCCAAUUUUUCCCCCUCAUUCAGACCAAAUCCAAAUCCAACUCCAAAUCUGUCUGAAACCCUAGGAAAAGAAAUCCUUUAUCGCAUUUCCAUUCGAAGCCGAAAUCGUUGCUGUAAAUCAUUUUCGACCGUCCGAUUUUGUACAGAAGAUGGAGGCUUCUUUGAUAGGUAGCUCACAGGUGAUUCCUGGAGGGAUAAACGACACGAGUUUGUGUACUUCUGGAAGGAAUUUGGCUUUUAUUACCUGUAAUUUGAAGAAGAAGAAGAACAGCAAUGAUUUGAACUUAUCCAAUAACGUUGUCCGAAGGGAAAGGCUUGUCUGGUCUUCGGAAUCUGCCGCUGGUUUCAGUGUCCGAGCAUCUGCUUCUGCUCAAACUCAUCCGGCUGUUUCUGCAAGCGCUUCGAAAAAUAAGAGAAUCAAACCGAUCAAUGGCGUCGAACUGUACGUUGGUCUACCAUUAGACACUGUCUCCCAAUGCAACACAAUCAACCACGCCCGGGCCAUCGCCGCCGGCCUGAAGGCUUUGAAGCUGUUAGGCGUUCACGGCGUCGAGCUCCCAAUCUGGUGGGGAGUCGCCGAGAAUGAAGCCGUUGGAAAAUUCGACUGGACCGCCUACUUAGGCGUCGCCGAAAUUGUCCGAAAAUUGGACAUGAACCUUCACGUCUCCCUCGGCUUCCAUGCCUGUCGGGAGCACAAAAUCGAGCUUCCGCAAUGGGUUUCGAGAAUUGGCGAAUCGAACCCAAGCAUUUAUUUCGCGGAUCAAUCGGGACAGCCGUACAAGGAUUGCUUGUCCUUGUCGGUCGACGAUCUCCCGGUUUUAGACGGAAAGACUCCGCUCGAAGUUUACGGGAACUUCUUCAAGAAUUUCAAGUCGGCAUUCGCGCCGUUCUUCGGUUCGACAAUCACGGGAGUUUCCGUGGGUCUCGGUCCCGACGGCGAGCUGAGGUAUCCGUCGACGAAGAACCGAACCCAGUCGGGAGCCGGGGAAUUCCAAUGCUACGAUAAACAUAUGCUCGGGAAACUCAAGCGUUACGCCGAGUUGAACGGUAAUCCUUUGUGGGGGCUCGCCGGGCCACAUGAUGCUCUGAGUUACGAUCAAUCUCCGAUUUCCGGAGGCUUUUUCGCUGAAAACGGCGGAUCUUGGGCGACACCGUACGGCGAUUUUUUCCUUACAUGGUAUUCGAGCCAGUUGGCGAUCCACGGGGAUCGAAUCUUGUCUCUCGCCGCCUCAAUUUUUUACGACGUUCCGACCGCACUGUCCGGACGAGUCCCCUUCAUGCACUCGUGGUACAACACCCGUUCCCACCCGUCGGAGCUAACGGCGGGAUACUACAACACGGUCGAUCGGAAUGGAUACGACGCAAUCGCGGAGAUCUUUGCGAGAAAUUCGUGCACGAUGAUAAUCCCCGGCGUUGAGCUAUCAAAUAACGACGUACCUGGCGACAAUCGGGCGAACCCCGAAGCCCUAAUCGAGCAAAUAACGACUUCUUGCAAAAAACACGGCGUCGAGGUCUCGGUUGAGAAUUCGCCGAUGCCGGGCGCUUCGACAGGAUUUGAGCAGACCCGAAAGAAUCUGAUCGACAAGAAUGAGGCGGUGAACACGUUCACGUAUCAACGCAUGGGAGCGUAUUUCUUCUCGCCGGAGCAUUUUCCAGCGUUCACCCAGUUCGUCCGCAGCUUGACGCAGCCGGGUCGAAGUCCCGACGAUGCGCCUGCGGAAAAUGAAGAGAAUCCAGGAUCCCUUUCUGGUAAGAACAUACAUAUGCAAGCAGCAGCUUAAUUAAGGUUAGCAUAGUAUUUUCGAAGGUAUAAUGUAACAAGAAGACAAACUUAUGAAUAGAACAAUUCUUUCAUUCAGAAAACAGAUUGUCCAAACA